UUAAUAUUAGCCAAUCCAUGACAAAAUUAUGAAAACAUAUUUAUUUUAAAAAGAUUUUUAAUAGUUUAAUGUUGCAAUCUAGAUGAAAUUUGGAAAAUAUAUCACAGAAUUUGCCUCUUUGGACUGAAAAAAAAAGAAGUAUAAGGGAAUUAUGGAAAGCUAGAUCUUAAGGAGAUUGUUGUUCCAUGACUGUGAUUCUGCUUCACUGUUGCUGUUGGGUCACUUAUCUUAAAGCCAGCUUCUUCUGGAAUCUGGCACUUUUCGACAGUUCUUACUUAUGAAUUGUUAGGCAUUUGAUUGUUUUAUUCAUUGUAAGUGAAAUUAGGGUUUUGUAUACUUUUCAAUUUUGCAGGUUCGUAUGUGUUUCAAAUUCAAUUUGUCAAUCUGUUGCUGGUGGUGUUUUCAAAUAACUUUUAUGAAUCCUUGAAGAAUUUAACAUCGCGGUGGUGCGUAAGUGUCAAAGUGAUGGCGGAUCCUAACAAUGUUGAGUUUGAGGCUGCAAAGCUUUUACAGAAACUCAUUCAUGAGUCUAAAGAUGAACCAUCUCAAUUGGCCACCAAACUCUAUGUGAUAUUGCAGCACAUGAAAGCAAGUGGGAAGGAAAAUUCUAUGCCAUAUCAAGUUAUAGCUAGGGCCAUGGAGACAGUUAUAAAUCAGCACGGCCUUGAUAUUGAGGCAUUGAUGUCAUCACGCCUUUCGGUGAGCAGUGGAUCUCAUGUUGGAGAGUCUGCCAGAGCACAAUCAGCAGGAUGUUCUCAGUCCACAGGAGUUGUCACAGAUUCUAAAUCAGACAUGAUUGAAAAUGACACCACCAGAGCCGAAGGUUUUACUUCAGUCAGGCCACCUGCUGCUCCUAGCAGUAUUGGGAAUGAUGCUUUCCAGGGCUCUGUUCCCCAAAGGAGUGCAAUGUCCUUUGACCAUGAGAGCCCUUCUAGUAUCGGUCGGGAGCAACAAGGUAGUUAUAUAGAUCCUAAAAGAGCCAAUACCAAGAGAAAGAGGAAUGAUUCAUCUGGAAAAGAAGCACUUGAUGAUAUUGUGCAGCAGGGUGAUUUUCACUCUGGCAUGCCUGAUGCAAGAAAGGAGAGGUCUACUGGUAAGCCUGAAGCGGGAGGAACUUUUCCUGUUGAUACUGAAUGCUGGAAGCAGGGAUUUAUCAAGGGUGGAGCAACCAUAGGCGCUCCGUCAUCAGGUCUCCAAGUUGACAUAAUGAGGAACUUAAAUUCAGCAUCUUCUUUGGAUACCCCGGGGAUUUCAUAUGUACCAACAAAUGCUGACAGGCUUUCUCAGGGUGGUAAUCUCAGCAAUCUCUGUGAAACAGGAAUACCUGAAAGUUCCGUCUCUAGAGAUACAGGGAAAUAUCAAGCAAAUCCUGUUAUGGUAACAAGCAUGCCUUUCAAAGAGCAUCAUUUGAAGCAACUGAGAGCGCAAUGCCUUGUCUUCCUAGCUUUCAGAAAUGGGGUGUCUCCAAAAAGACUUCAUCUUGAGAUUGCACUAGGAAACAUCUUUACUAAAGAUGGAUCCAGCAGUAGUGUUGAUGAAGUACAAAAUGAGCUAAUUAAAGAUCAGGGGAAACAACAAACCACUCUAGAGUCAAGCUCUAUACGUGAACUCCCUCCGGCACAAGGAAGCUUGGUUGAUGUGAAGAGUGAUGGAGCUCAUACUGUUUCUACUACUGCUGCUCUGAAUUACAGAGAGGGUGAUUUGGUCUCAAAAGAGACUGAGAAUGUGAAACCAAUAGUUGGACAACCUGGUUCAUUGGCUGACUCUUUAAAUGCUGAUGAAGAAAAGAAACACCUUCCUUUUGGACAUGGGAUUCAAGAGGUUGAUACUGAGCGCCAGGAAACAGCCAACUCUUCUGCACGUAUGUCAGCUUCAUUGCAGCCAGAGGCUUUAGGAAUCAGAAGUCCAGCCAUCCAUGUUCAUGAAGAUAUUUUGCAGCCAGGAACUGCAAACCAUGCUGCUUCUGUUAUUGGUAUAUACAAGCAGGCGAAACCUGAGAUGAUUAGGUGGACUCGGUUUAAUCAUAAUGACAUUUCACGGGGGUCAUCUACUUCAAUUAGAAAUGACUUGGGGAGUAGCAAUGAGAAUUUUUCAGUUUUGCCUCAACUUGAUAGUAAUAUCCAGAAUCAACAGCGUUUCGAUCAAUCAUCCACACCUUGGAAGUCAAUUAAAGGUGUAGACAAUGGACAUCAUAUGGAAAGACCAGUCAAUGACGCCAAUAUGUUGCUCAGAAAUGCAAUGCAUGAACCUGAAGAGGAAGAAAAGUCAAUGUCUGCUGAUUUGACUCCUUGUCCAAAGUAUACACUGUCUGAGAAGUGGAUUAUAGCUCACCAAAAGAGGAAAUUCACUAAUGAACAUCGAUGGAUGCAGAAACUGCAGAAAGCAGAUGAGAGAAUUGCAACCUGUUUUAAAGAUCUUAAGGAAACAGUGAGCUCAUCAGCAGAUAUAUCUGCAAAAACAAGGAGUGUGAUUGGGUUGAAAAAGCUUCAACUAUUGGAGCUUCAGCGUUGCCUUCGAAGAAAUAUUCUAAGUGAUUUCUUUAAGCCCAUACAAACUGAAAUGGAUCGAUUGAAGUCAAUCAAGAAACAUCGAAUUGGUAGGAGGUUGAAGCAUGUUGAAAAAUAUGAGCAGAAGAUGAAGGAAGAACGUCAAAAGAGGAUACGUGAGAGGCAGAAGGAGUUCUUCAGCGAAGUAGAAGUACACAAGGAGAGACUGGAGGAUGUGUUUAAAUAUAAGAGAGAAAGAUGCAAGGGUUUUAAUCGUUAUGUGAAAGAGUAUCACAAAAGGAAGGAACGGAUACACAGAGAAAAAAUUGAUAGAAUUCAGCGUGAAAAAAUUAACUUACUGAAAAUCAAUGACGUGGAGGGUUAUCUGCGGAUGGUUCAGGAUGCAAAAUCUGAUAGAGUGAAGCAACUGCUGAAAGAGACCGAGAAAUAUCUUCUAAAGCUUGGAUCUAAGCUCAAGAAGGAAAAGGCCGCUGCUCGACAGGUUGAGAUGGACGAAAACAGGGUUGCAACUAUUGAUGAAAAUUAUGACAUUUUCACUGAGACAGAGGAUGAGAAUGAUCAGGCAAAGCAUUACAAGGAAAGCAAUGAGAAGUACUACUUGAUUGCUCAUAGCAUCAAAGAAAGCAUUGCAGAACAACCAACUGGACUUCGAGGUGGAAAACUUAGAGAGUACCAAAUGAGUGGCUUGCGAUGGCUUGUCUCACUGUACAAUAAUCAUUUAAAUGGGAUUCUUGCUGAUGAAAUGGGUCUUGGGAAAACUGUUCAGGUGAUUUCUUUGAUGUGUUAUUUGAUGGAGACAAAAAAUGACAGGGGACCUUUCUUAGUGGUUGUUCCGUCAUCAGUUCUUCCGGGAUGGGAACGGGAAAUGAAUUUUUGGGCACCUGACAUAAACAAGAUCGUGUAUACCGGGCCUCCGGAGGAACGGCGUAGGCUAUUCAAGGAAAGCAUAGUCCAGCAGAAAUUUAAUGUUCUUUUGACAACUUAUGAAUAUCUAAUGAACAAGCAUGACAGGCCUAAGUUGAGUAAAAUUCAUUGGCAUUACAUUAUAAUUGAUGAAGGACAUCGAAUAAAGAAUGCAUCAUGCAAGCUAAAUGCUGAUUUGAAGCAUUAUCAUAGCUCACACAGAUUACUAUUAACUGGCACACCUUUACAGAACAAUCUUGAGGAGCUGUGGGCUUUGCUUAAUUUUCUUUUGCCAAACAUUUUCAACUCCUCUGAAGACUUUUCUCAGUGGUUUAACAAGCCAUUUGAGAGUAAUGGUGACAAUUCCCCAGAUGAGAGCUUGUUGUCUGAGGAGGAGAAUCUUUUAAUUAUCAAUCGUCUUCAUCAAGUUCUACGUCCAUUUGUACUUCGAAGGCUGAAACACAAGGUGGAGCAUGAAUUGCCGGAGAAAAUUGAGAGACUUAUCAGGUGUGAGGCUUCUGCAUACCAAAAGCUACUGAUGAAGAGGGUGGAAGAGAAUCUUGGUUCUCUUGGAAUGUCAAAGGCUCGGGCGGUUCAUAAUUCUGUGAUGGAGCUUCGGAACAUCUGCAAUCAUCCAUAUCUUAGCCAGCUUCAUGUAGAUGAGGUGGAUGGUUAUAUUCCUAAACAUUUUCUGCCACCAAUAGUAAGGCUAUGCGGAAAGCUUGAGAUGCUUGAUCGUUUGCUUCCCAAACUAAAAGCAACCAACCAUCGGGUGCUUUUUUUCUCUACAAUGACUAGGUUGCUUGAUGUUAUGGAGGAAUAUCUUGCAUGGAAACAAUAUCGUUACCUUAGGUUAGAUGGUCAUACAUCUGGCCUGGAGCGUGGUGCCCUUAUUGACAAAUUUAAUCGACCAGAUUCUCCUUUUUUUAUAUUCUUGCUCAGUAUUCGUGCUGGAGGUGUUGGAGUGAAUCUUCAAGCAGCAGAUACUGUCAUCAUAUUUGACACAGAUUGGAAUCCUCAGGUUGAUUUGCAAGCUCAAGCUAGAGCUCAUAGGAUUGGACAGAAGAAAGAUGUGCUUGUUCUCAGACUAGAAACAGUUAACUCUGUGGAAGAACAAGUGAGAGCAUCAGCUGAGCAUAAAUUAGGUGUGGCUAAUCAGAGUAUCACUGCUGGUUUCUUUGAUAAUAAUACAAGUGCUGAAGAUCGUAGGGAGUACUUGGAGUCUCUUCUACGGGAAUGCAAGAAAGAAGAAGCUGCUCCUGUGUUGGAUGAUGAUUCAUUAAAUGAUAUUUUAGCUCGCAGUGAGUCAGAGAUUGAUAUUUUUGAAGCAGUUGACAAGAAAAGGCAAGAAGAAGAGCUGGCUACAUGGAAGAGACUGGUACUGGAGAAAGGGGGUGAUAUCUCUGAAGUUAUGCCACCUCUACCCUCACGUCUUGUAACAGAUGUUGAUCUAACAGCAUUUUAUGAAGCAGUGAAGGUAUAUGAUGUAGCUAAUGAUGGGGCUGCUUCUAGUUCUGGAAUGAAGAGGAAGAGUGGUUCUUUGGGAGGCUUUGAUACUCAACAAUAUGGGCGAGGCAAGCGGGCUCGAGAGGUGCGAUCUUAUGAAGAGCAAUGGACUGAGGAGGAAUUCGAACAGAUGUGUCAGGCUGAGUCUCCUGAAAAUCCCAAGACAAAGGAUGAGAAAAUAGAUAUUUCAUUGACAUUAGACACUGGUCAAAUUGCUGUUAAAGCGGAACUACCACUACCGACCCUGCCAGCUCCCCCUGCCUCUUUAGAAUCAUUACCAGUUGUGAAGAAAGAGGUCAUACCACCAGUCAAGCGGGGCCGAGGAAGGCCAAGGAGAACACCAUUAAACGUAUCUCCAGGCAUCGGAAUUGGUACAACUAUUGGGGUCUGUAAAUCCGACACUCAACUGAAAGGAAUAAAUUACAGCUCUUUUAAUUCUGGUAGUCUAGACACUAUUGAUACUUCUUCUGUCACUAAAGAUGCCAGUGGAGACAGUAAUCAGGUUGGUAUUGUGCUUUCUCAAAGCUCCAAGGAAGUCUCACCUUCUGUACCUCCUGCUGAUCCUGCAGUUGUGGCAGAGCAUGGUUGUACUUCUGUUGCUACGCAGCUUAAAAGACGCGGUCGUAAAGGGCAACCAACCGAAAAUACUGAUGGUAAUUCAGGGAUCGAAUCUGUUAGGCGAAGGGGAAGGAAGCCUAAUCGUGUUUUACCUUCUGUUUCUGCUGAUUCACAUACUCAAGACUCAAAUCCCAGUACACAACCACAGAAACAGUCGUCUUCUUUUAUAGCAACAAAUCCUAAGGUUAGCACAAGUGCCUCUCUUGUGGAUGUUCUAGGUGGUUCACAUCCUAAUUCUUCUCAAGGUUGUGCUGGUUCUGUUGCUGAGGGUUCAAAAGUGUCUGAAGUGGAAGUCAAGACUGGUGCUCCUCUUAAUUGUUCAGCAACAAACAAAUCUAGUGCAUUGUUGAGUGCUCAAAAUGCCUCUGUACAGGAAUCUGGAGCUGUUUCUUCUGAUAAAGCUGCCCAAAAUCCUGAACCUGAUGGUCACUUGAUUAAUAUGGGUUUAUUGAAUUCCUCCCCUGUUGAAUUGACUCAUGCAGAGACUUCAACUGUGAGCAAAGUUGAUAUUAUUUCUCAAGAUCAAGUUGUUUCUGUUUCUGAGUCUUUGAGUUGCUCUGUUGCUGCACCUAUUGUUGGAACCGUUCCUUUAAAAUCUGCAAUUGCGCUUCAUAAAGAUGCCAAACAGUCUGCUAUUUCUAGCUCUGAAUUUACUCCUAGCACAGCUGGACUUAGACCUGGCAGAAGGCGAGGCUGGAAGCCUCAAGAUGAAACUGAACCAGUCCGCCGCAGGGGGAGAAAACCAGGCAGGCUUGUAUUAAGUGACCCUGCUUCUCUGAAUGUUCAAGAUAAAAACUUUAAUGAGCCUGAUAUAUGCACCAAUUCAUUGUCUACAUCAUCUGUCCUGAAUGUUGCUGCACCUUCUGGACCUGCUAAUGUUGGGAUAGGUUCACAUGUAGCCGCAGUACCUGUAAUUCCUGUUGUCCCAGUCUUAGCUACCACGCAAACUUCCACAAUGCCUUUGAACAGUAUUAGUGAUUCUGUGCAUCACGUAAGCAUAGGGUUUUCGUCCAGUGUACCUGCUUCUACACACCUAAAUCCACCUUUAACUGGAACUCCUCAUGUUCCUUCUGAGUCUCCUAAAAUUCCUGUUCUUUUGCAACCUAAAGGGAAAGAUCAGAGAGCACAAGCUGGAGAAAUGGCUCCACGUCGGCGAGGAAGGAAAAAGAAUACUGCAUUUCCUGUCGAAAACCCACUUGAUCAAAACUUGUCUUCUAGACAAUAUCUUAGGAGUUCUGGCGAGCUUGUUGACCGCAAUCUUAUAGCAACAAGAAGUAGACAAAUGAAUAUUACGCCUGCCGAGCAUUUCCAGGAGAAAGCACAUGACAGUUCUGGUGCUUUGUCUGUCAAGACUUUGGAGCCAAUGAAGUCAUCCGAAUUGUCUUCUAAUGCUGUGGUCAGUUUGUCUAAUCUGGAAUCUGCUUCUGUUAAGGCUGAUGUAGCCGGCAAAGCUCAGGAUUCAGGGCUUGCUACUUCUAAGGAGAAGGUUGCAUUAUGCCGAAGUCCAAUAGAGAUUCCACCCAUAUCGUGCAAGGGUAAAACAAAUGUAGUUGUGUUGUGUUUAGAAUCAACUACUCUUGUUGUGGAUCCUUUAAAGAUUAGUUGCAGUAGUGUGGAUGGGAAAGAAAUAUGUUUAAAGCAGCUAAAGGAUUCUGCUCGAGAUGUGGUUGCCCCUAAAGUAAAAGUUUCUGGGUUGGAAACUAGAUCAGCUGCUGUUAAGCAAACUCCUAAUCUGGAUGAGGAAUUAUCUGCACCUCCUGGAUUUGACACCCGUAGACCAGUAUUGUCUGAUACUGUAUUGAGGAAAUCCUUGCAAAGAGAUGAUGGUCGCAUGCCUGAGAUUCCUGAUGCCGAAAGGGGUUUUGUUGUAUUGGCUCUGGAGUCGACUAUUCAGAAUGUUGAUCAUUGUACCAUGGCAAGCCAAAAUACGUCUGAGAAAGAAGAAUCUUCAGAAUUACGAAAAGUCAUGGAUUUAGAUUUUGGAAGUAUCUCUUCCUCAAAGCCUAUCAGUUGUGAACCACAUUUUGAAUCUGCAGAUACAAUGACAACUGCUCAGCCAGAGGAAGAAAUGUCAGCUCCCCCUGGAUUUGACAUCCCUCAAAGGUGCCUGUCUGAAAAUGCAGUUGCUGCAUCUUCAGUAUGUGUUGAUAGGCGGGCUUCUGAGUUACCUUCUGGUUCGAUUGAAUCCAAAGUCGAGCAUCUUUCCCUAGAAACACCAAACCCUGCGAAGCUAAGAAAUGUGGCAUGUACCCAAAAAGGGUCCCAUGAUGUUAAUACUAGCAAUCACAUAUUGCCAAUAACCUCCAAUGCCGUAGCUUCUGAUAUCAAAUUAGCAUCAACUCUGGAAUCAAGUUCAAGAGAAGAUGAACCUCAGAAUGAUUAUUUUGAAAAUAACACUUUGCCAACAGCUUCCGAUGCUAUAGGUUCUGAGAUUGUGUUAGCAUCAUCUCUUGAAUUAAAUUCAAGAGACAUUGAACAUUCUCAAGGGCUUAAUGAUGGCAAUGUUGGUGCUGCUGAUGCACCCACGGUAUCGCAUAUUAUAGAUUCUGACAUUGUAGCAGCUUCUAGUUUGGAAUUAAAAGCUAAAAAAGAAUCUCGUGCAUGUAAUGAUGACAGUCAUGACACUGGGGAAAGAGAAAUCAGUGUUGUACCUUUGGUUUCUUGCCUUGUAGAUUCAGAUAUAGCCACCAUUUCAACUAGUGAAUCAAAAGAAAAACAAGAGUGCUAUGAGCCUGAUAAUGAUGAUGCUGAAUGUAAUGUUCUUGAUGCUACCCCACUUUCAAGAUCUCUUACUGAGACUGCAGAAAAUUCGAAAGCAAAUGAUAAAGAAUUGUGCCAUGACCGUGAGGGCAAUACUGAAAUCAAUGUUGAAGAUGCUCCUACAGAUUCCUGUACUGUAGGUGCUGAUACUGCAGUAGUUUUGACUAGUGAAUUUGAAGGGAAUGUAGAGUGCCAAGGACCUGAUAGUGAUGAUGGUAAACUUGAAGCUGCUGAUUUUAAAACAGCUCCGCAUGUUGCUUCAGAUUUUGCGGCAACUUCAACUUUGCAAUCAAAUGAAACAAAAGAACCCGAUCGUAGCAAUUCUGAACUUAAAACCGCUGAUUGCUCUAUUGCUGUUGAUUCUGAUAUCGUGGCAGCUUCAAGUUUGGCGUCAAAAGAGGAGUGUGAUGGGCCUGCUGAUGAUAAUACCGAAGUUCUUUCUGGUGACGCCUGUAAUGGAUCUGAUGCUCCAACAGCUUUAACAGUAAUGUCAAACAAUAAAGAAGAGUGUGCUGGUGUAUAUGGCAAUGCUGAACUAGAUACUAGUGAUGCUCCUACAACUUCCCGAGUUAUUGGUACUGAUCAUGCAGCAGCUUCAACUUCAGAAAAAGAAGAUCAAGAAAAAUGUCAUGGGCGUGAUAUGGACAAUGCUGAACAGGAUGCUGGUGAUGCAUCUACUACUUGCAGUUAAAUAUGUUAAACAACUUCGACUCGAGAUUUGAGUUAGGCUAGGUCUGACAUUUUUUUAGCAUCUCAAACCUCACCUAGAUGGAAACCAACCAUUCGACAUUGGGUUCAUUGUAUGUAUCUGUAGGAAAUUUGGUUCUGAGUUUUCAUUGGGGCUGUUCAUGGAUACUGAAUUUUAUUCUAUUUAAUCAAAAUGUUUCUUAUGGCA